UGUCGAUGUUUUAUUUUUAUAGUAAUUGUAUUUUAUUUGAGGAUUAAAGGAUAUCACUAUUUUGUGUUUAAGUCCUUUUUGCAUAAUAGUUUGACACGAAUUUGAAAUGGGUUGCGAUGGUGGAACUAUACCCCGACGCGAUGAACUCGUACGGAUGAAAAAGAAGCCUGAACAGAAAGACAAAGAUGCUGAACGGUCCUUUAAAUGGCGUAAUUGUGCGCUAUCCCAGCAAAAGCUGCAGGAACCUGUGGUGUCGUGUGGUCUAGGCAGACUUUACACAAAGAGUUCUGUGCUUGAAGCUUUGUUGGAUAAAGAGUCCAAGCCAGACUCCAUUAGCCACAUUAAAAAUCUCAAGGAUCUCAAGGACCUGAAACUGACAAAGAACCCGGCAUUUAAAGACUCUGAGCACACUGGGGGCGAUGUUGGAGAUGGCAGCUCCCCAUACAUCUGUCCCAUCAGUGGCCUAGAGAUGUCCGGCAAGUUCCGGUUCAUCUUCCUGUGGAGCUGUGGCUGUGUGCUCGCCGAGAGGGCUCUCAAGGAGGUCAAGCAGAAUCUGUGUCACAUGUGCCAGCAACCGUUUACAGACAAUGAUGUUGUGAUCCUGAAUGGAACUGAUGAAGACAUUGAGCAGCUACAAAACAAAAUGGCUGUCCGGGUUGCCAGCAGAAAGAGUGGGAAAAAGACCAAAGCUGAUAAGGCACCCAAAACUGAAGUUAAAGUAGAGCCGGCCACACCUUGCACAUCUUCCUCCAGUGACCCAACAGAAACCACAGAGGUUAAAGAACAGAAGGAAGUGAAAACAGAAGAACCCGAGGCAGGACCAAGCAAUGCUACUAAAAAGGAGAUGGAGACAAUACCACUAUCUUUACCCAAGUUCAAUCCCAACAAGCAAGCCAGAGGGCACUUUGGCUCGUCCAAGCGAACUAUAUCUAAUGAGUUAGUGCAAGAUCCAUCAUACAAAAAGACAAAGAAAGACUACAGUAUAGCUAAGGACCCACAAAGCAGUGAAGUGUACAAAUCAUUGUUUACUUCUCACAGAACUGAUCAAGAACAACAAAGGGCCCAUUGGGUCACUUAUAAUCCAUUUUAUAACUGAUAGUGAAUGAUUACGACGAUGCUCACUGUCUGUCAUCAUCGUUAAAAAUAAUUAACAUUAAAUUUUAAUGUCUAAAAUUUGAGGUAUCUAAAGUAUGUAAUGUAAUUAAGGUAUUUACAAUAAAUGGCGAGCUGUAA